AUGGCGCACGCACCCGUGCUGGCGGCUCAAGCGCGCAUAUCGGCGGCGCAACCGCCCGUGUCGGCGGCGGCGCAAGCGCCGUUAUCAGCGCAAGCCGCGGCGCUGCUGCUCUCCGCAUUCUCCAUCGCCGCGCGCGCGCUGAUUGGCUCGCUUCAUCUCCUGCUCUCUGCGUUCCUCCUCCACGUGGCAUCAGUCGCCGCGUCCGCCGCAUCGCUCUGCAUUUCCCCUCUCUCGUCCCUCUUCUACGUGGCAAACGCAAACGCCGCAUCGCCUUCCGACUCCUGUAACGGAUCCCCUCACGAUCCUCUCCUUAGCGCGGAUGCCGCAGCCGCCGGCGGUCCCAACGAGGAGACACAAAAGGACAAUGAACGAUCAUGCAACGCCAUUGGCCAGCAAUACCCGUCGCUGUUGCUGUACGGCGGCCACGUGGCGCACCAUAGGAGCCACCCGACGCGGCACGGCUUUAACUACGCGGUGCGCUACGCGCUGGUCAACCUCGACGCUCCUCCUGAUUGGUUCGCGCGGUCGUCCGCGCAGCACCACAUGUCGGCUGAUGAGGCGCGCUCGUUCGCCGGAACGGACGGACCAAUCUUUCUACUCACCAACCCAACGAGCAUGGGGUACGAGCAGAACCCCAUCAGCGUCUACUACUGCUACCAUGGCUGCGGCAGCACCACCACCGGCACUGUCACGGCCACCACUAAUGGUAGCAGCAAGAGCGAGGGGGGGCAGUGUGAGGAGGAGUCGCUUUUUCCCCCGGCUGACUCCCUGGCAGUCUGCAUUGGCGAGGUGUCCAACACCCCAUGGACCGACCGAGUCACCUUCCUCUUUGCCCCUCUGCUAGACCACGUGCCCAAGCCCCUGCACGUCUCGCCCUUCAUGGACAUGCAAUCCACAUGGGUGAUGCGCGCUCUGCCCCCCUCCCACCGCAUCUCACUGCACAUCACCGCUCUGCACCCUGUGAUGGGCUGCAAGGAGGCUGCAGCAGGGCAAGAGGCACAGAAGGGGAAAGGGGAAGGAGCAGGGGGAGAAUGUGUGGGAAGUGGAGAGGAGGCAGUGGCAGGGGGUGUGGGGAGCAUUGGUGAUAACACCAACACCAACACCAACACCAACAACAGCAGCAGCAUGGGCAGCAGCAUAUUCGUGGCAUGUCUUGACAUCGACUGCUUGCCUGCAGCGCAGCAGCCGUACCUCCUUCCCCCGACCCUCCCCACCGUGCCCACCCUGCCUCGCCCUCUCACUCCCUCCCAUUCUCACCCACACCCGCCGUCCUCCGCCCACGCACCCUCGUUGCACGGGGUCGUAGCGGAGUGGAGCAGGGAGGUGCGCUGCCGCUGGUGGCUCUGCUGCAUGCCGCACCGCGUGGCCUUCUGGAUCUACUGGCAGGUUACUGUCACCAGCUGUCGAGAGUCGAGCGGCAGAAUGACCCGACCGCGGCUUCUGAGCGUGGUGUUGGGAAUCCUAUCCGUGGCGACGAUUGCAGCAGCUUACAGAAGCACUCAAGCGCCGCUGCGCAUCGACUGCGGCUCCGACAGCCCCACGUCGGCCAACGGCUUGGAAUGGCAGGGCGACAAAUACUCCAACGGCGGCGAGUCGCACACCAUCGCAUCCGCCAACUCCUUUUCGCUCAACACUGUAGAGUCGACGCUUCGGGCGUUCGCCGUCGGCACGACCGGCUGCUACAAUAUCCCCGUUAUUGAGGGCCGCUAUCUCGUGCGCGUGAGCUUCGCGUAUUACAACUACGACGAUAAGAACAUGCCGCCGUACUUUAGCGUGCUCGUGCAGAACACUGUAGUCGAGAGCGUCGACAUGACCGUCGUACAGUCCAACUUCGUUAGCGGAGCGUAUUAUUCUGACUAUAUCGCGUAUGCCCUGAACGGGAAGCUCUCCGUGUGCUUCCAGGCGCAGCCCGGGUCGCCCGGCCCCGCUAUAGUGAACUCGUUAGAAGUCCUCCCGCAGGACACUGACGCGUACGACGCCGCGACGCUCGGCAACAAGGUCAUCCUCUCCACGUACGUUCGGCUCAACAUGGGUGGUGGCAAGGUCGGGCCCGAACCUGCAGACCCGGGCUUCCGAACCUGGAUGGAGGACGUUCGGCCGGAGCAAGGCAACUUCACCGUCCUGACCAAAGACUCAGCCACAGCACCGAUCGCAGGCACGGGAGUCGCGCCUGACUUCCUCCCCCCGGCGGUGUUCGAAACUGCCCGAGCCGCCUUGACGCCGCUGUCGAACGCGAGCGGCGUCGCCGGGCGACCGUCGCAACUGUCGCAGGCGACGGGGUUUCGCAUGACGGUGCUGCCAGUGGACAAGAACAACAUGUGGUAUAUCCGAUUCUAUUUCGUCGAGCUCGAUCCGUCCGCGCAGCCCGGCGAUCGCGUGUUCGAGAUUCUGCUGGGCAGCGGGAACGUGGUCAAGUCCAUUGGUAACCAGGCCGGCGGCUUCGACAUCCGCGCUAAGGUGGCUCCGUUAACGGCGCUGGUGGUGCCGGUGUUUUUCAACUACUCGCAGUAUUCGUCCAACUACGGGGAGGAUCUGGAGGUGGGCGUGCGGACGGUCGGCGGGAGCCGGUUGCCAGCGGUGAUCAGCGGUGUGGAGCUGUUUGAAGUGGUGCCGCAGACGACCACGGAGAGCUCAGGCCUCUCGGGUGCAGCGAUAGCGGCCAUAGUGAUUGGCUGUCUGUUCGUGGUGGUGCUGAUCGUCCUGGGAGUGGUGCUCAUCAUGCGGCGUCGCAGGGCGGGCGGGGCAGGCUUCAGCCAGAUCUCGGAGCGCUAG